UAAGCCAAUCCAAACGGGCUCUAGGACCGGCAAUCAGAGGGGAAGGGGAUGGGGGGAUGGCUUAGUGGUGGCAGGGUAACUUUGUGAUUUGCUGGCUACUUCCUGGUCAUACUUUCUUCACAAUGUACUGUCUAUUGUCAGCUUCUACUUGUGGUCUCGCAUGCUGUGACUUCUGCUUUAGGUUUAGACUUAUCAAAUUUCUUGCUUUAUUUUUUAAAACCUUUUUCACUGUUUACAUUUUAUUUGCGCAUUCCUCUUAGAGGACAUUAAUAGCCGUGUAAAAGUAUCCCUAUCCUGUGUGCCAAGAGAUUCUCUGCUUAUAGCUCUCAAAGAGGCUUCAAUCUUUUGCAAGUAUAAUAGCAUUCCUUAGAAGUAUUUCACUUGAAGCAAUUGGGCUUGGAGUGCACUUGGCUGCUGGAGCUCAUGAAUCCUUCUGCAAGCAGAAUAUAUUCUUACAAGUGUUCCACCAUCAGUACCAUGGCCUAUGCAAAGUGGUGGAAACACUGGUGUGAGAUUUAAUCAACCCAGAGAUGCCCGGCAAGGGAUCCAACAGGCUUAUGAAAGUAUGAGUGACGGCUUUAGUAAAUCUGCUUCUGCUUUAAUAUGCACUCCCAUCAACUGCUAUCAGCGUGGUGCUGGAAUGGGAUCUGCUUUUGCAACUGCUGUCCAAGCAGCUCCAGCAGCAGCCAUUGCACCGGCUUCUGCCACAGCACGAGCUGUUCAUUGUGCUCUUCUAGGUGUAAGGAACAGCCUCAAUCCGGAGCGUAAGAAGGAGUCUCUGGAAAAAUAUAUGGGGACUUCUCCCCCUCAGCAGUACAUGUAGUGGGGAAGUUUCUCCAUCAAGUCUCCAACAAAAUUUGCAAGCCAGUGUGUGUUUUGUAUAGGUGAGUUUGGAGGUUAUUUGUACGUUCAGCCUGGGGGCUGGUAAAAGUGAAAUUUCUCAAGUUAACUUAGUUCUUCUGAAAAAUGCUAUUAAACCCCCCAGCUAUCUUCGGCUUGUACUUUAGUUAUUCAGUUGAUUUUUCAUUUGUAAAUAACUCAACCUUCUAUCCCCUCUCAUCUCUUUAGUCAUGAAAACAUGGUUGAAACUGUAAACAGGAACAAUAGUUUUGGGUUUAGAUUUUCUUUUUGUGCUCAUGCAGUUUGACUAUUUGCUUUGCCUAUAUCGGUGGCAGGUGUACAGAUCGUAGGACAAUUAGACAGAUUCUUUUAUCUGAGGAGAUUGGUUAAUCAUGUAAAAUAUCAGAGUGGUGAUCUAUUUUUUGCUCAUACGGCCGGGCCAUGCCAUUAGUCUAAUUGUUCGGCUAUGUUAGCUGUCUUAUGAGUAAAUUGUAAAUAUAUUCGUUCCCUUGGUUUUGCUGGCAGAAUUGCCAUCUGUACAACAUUGUUUCUUGUAAUUAUCUUCUGUAUAUAUAUAUGUGUGUGUGUGUGUAGCCUUUCUUCCCCUUUGUUCUCUUCCCUCUCGUAACUGUGUCGUGUAUCUCGGGAUGUAUAAUAGGCGUUCUUUCCAAGUGAAAAGGGAGUGUUCAUUCUGUUCAAUUUACUGCCUUUUGGCACUAUGCUUUUUUAUACUCUAUCAUCAAGGGGGGGCCUUGGUCUGGUUGUAUAUUAUCUCGUGUUACCGGUAAAUUUUACGUUAAUAUCAGGUCAGAGCAAAUGUAUAUAUAACUAAAAAAGACUGUAUAUGAUUUACAUCAGAAAGCAAUAGGUAUAGAAUACCUGUACAACACUAUAUUUAUGGAGAUUUUGAACGUCUUACGUAUCAUAAUAAAUAAGUCAAUUACGCCAUUUAUAGUGGGACAAGGGUGUUUUCCAGCUUUAUUUGUGAUUGUGUCAUAGUACAGUAAAUCUUUCAGGAUUUUCCCAAAAAGUUCUUACGUAAUGCUGAACUGUGUAAGGGACUUUUCUCUGGCAACUAAAUUGAAAUUU